AUGGCUUCCUCUGCUCAAAUACACGGUCUCGGAACCACUUCUUUCUUUUCACUCAAAAAACCCUCUUCCAUUUCCGGUAAUUCCAAAACCCUAUUCUUCGGUCAGCGACUCAAUUCCAACCACUCUUCCUUCUCCCGCGCCGCAUUCCCUAAAUUGAGUAGCAAAACUUUUAAGAAGGGUUUCACUUUGAGAGUUGUCAGCGAGAAAGUCGUCGGUAUCGAUUUGGGAACCACCAAUUCCGCCGUCGCCGCCAUGGAAGGUGGAAAACCUACUAUUAUUACUAACGCUGAAGGUCAGCGAACCACGCCGUCUGUGGUUGCGUACACCAAGAACGGUGAUAGGUUGGUCGGUCAAAUUGCGAAGCGGCAGGCUGUUGUGAAUCCCGAGAACACUUUUUUCUCCGUCAAGAGGUUUAUUGGAAGGAAGAUGUCUGAAGUUGAUGAAGAGUCAAAGCAGGUUUCUUACAAAGUUAUCAGAGACGAUAACGGCAACGUUAAACUUGAUUGUCCUGCUAUUGGUAAAUCUUUUGCAGCUGAAGAAAUUUCCGCUCAGGUUUUGAGGAAGCUUGUUGAUGAUGCUUCAAAGUUUUUGAAUGAUAAAGUAACUAAGGCUGUGGUUACUGUGCCUGCGUACUUCAAUGAUUCACAAAGAACUGCUACAAAGGAUGCUGGAAGGAUAGCUGGUCUUGAAGUUCUUAGAAUUAUCAAUGAACCAACUGCUGCAUCCUUGGCUUAUGGUUUUGAAAGGAAAAACAAUGAAACUAUUUUGGUAUUUGACCUUGGAGGUGGUACUUUUGAUGUCUCAGUGCUUGAGGUUGGCGACGGAGUGUUUGAGGUGCUGUCUACUUCUGGUGAUACACACUUGGGUGGUGAUGAUUUUGAUAAGAGAGUUGUUGAUUGGCUGGCCGGUGACUUCAAGAGAGAUGAAGGUAUAGACCUUUUGAAAGACAAACAAGCUCUUCAGCGUCUUACUGAGACAGCUGAGAAGGCAAAAAUGGAGCUUUCAUCAUUGACUCAAACAAACAUCAGUUUGCCAUUCAUAACUGCCACAGCAGAUGGCCCCAAACAUAUUGAGACCACUCUUACAAGGGCUAAAUUUGAAGAAUUGUGUUCAGAUCUUCUUGACAGACUUAGAACACCAGUGGAAAAUUCAUUGAGAGAUGCAAAGCUCUCAAUUAAAGAUAUUGAUGAGGUGAUUCUUGUUGGUGGAUCAACGCGUAUUCCUGCUGUUCAGGAGCUUGUAAAGAAGCUGAUUGGGAAGGACCCAAAUGUCACUGUUAAUCCAGAUGAAGUGGUUGCCCUUGGAGCUGCUGUUCAGGCUGGUGUCUUGGCUGGAGAUGUCAGUGACAUUGUGCUGUUGGAUGUUUCUCCACUGUCAUUGGGUUUGGAAACUCUUGGUGGUGUGAUGACCAAGAUUAUUCCAAGAAACACUACCCUUCCCACCUCAAAAUCAGAGGUUUUCUCUACUGCUGCUGAUGGGCAGACAAGUGUAGAAAUCAAUGUCCUUCAGGGUGAGAGAGAAUUUGUAAGGGACAACAAAUCUCUUGGUAGCUUCCGCUUGGAUGGUAUCCCUCCUGCUCCUCGCGGGGUUCCUCAAAUUGAGGUGAAAUUUGACAUUGAUGCAAAUGGUAUUCUAUCGGUUGCCGCCAUAGACAAGGGCACAGGGAAGAAACAAGAUAUUACCAUUACUGGUGCCAGCACUUUGCCUGGUGAUGAGGUUGAGAGAAUGGUCAGCGAGGCAGAGAGAUUUUCAAAAGAGGACAAAGAAAAGAGGGAAGCAAUAGACACCAAGAACCAGGCGGACUCUGUUGUCUAUCAGACUGAGAAGCAAUUGAAAGAGUUGGGAGAGAAGGUUCCUGCCCCUGUUAAAGAGAAGGUGGAAGCUAAAUUGGGAGAACUUAAAGAAGCUAUUACCGGUGGUUCAACUCAAACUAUUAAAGAUGCCUUGGCUGCCCUCAACCAGGAAGUUAUGCAGCUUGGUCAGUCUCUAUAUAACCAACCUGGAGCUGCAGGCCAAGCAGGACCUACACCACCUGGUAGUGAGUCUGGCCCCUCAGAAUCGUCAGGCAAGGGACCUGAAGGAGAUGUGAUUGAUGCAGAUUUUACCGACUCUAAAUGA